UUUCAAUUCUUGACUUGUUAACUGAAAAUGGGUGUCCGUACCAAGACCGUGAAGCGCUCCGCUGUCCAGAUCAUCGAGAAGUACUACUCGCGUCUUACCCUCGACUUCGACUCGAACAAGCGCGUCUGCGACGAAGUCGCCAUCAUCCCGUCCAAGCGCAUGCGCAACAAGAUCGCGGGUUACAUCACGCACUUGAUGAAGCGCAUCCAGCGCGGCCCCGUGCGCGGCAUCUCGCUCAAGCUCCAGGAAGAGGAGCGUGAGCGCCGCCUCGACUUCGUCCCGGAAGUCUCGGCCAUCAACACGGACGCCAUCGAGAUCGACAACGACACGCGCGACCUCCUCGCCCACCUCGAGAUCCAGCUCCCGGGUGUCCGCGCCAUUCAGGGCCGUGACCAUUAAAGCGUUUGAUGACGUAGUCCGCGUUCUCUCGGGGUUAACUCUGGAUAAUGCAUUUACAAGUCAAGACUUUAUGAAAUCUCUUUCACGCC